CCGGUCAGGUGGUUGAUGGUUAACACCUUUCCUGUUGAUAGAAAACUUGUGAGAGCAGCUGAUUGGGAAUGCGCGCUGCUGCAGUACACUGUGUACAUUGAAAAGCGUGUAUUCCCAAUCAGUCGCGAGUGUUUCACAACAGGAAGUGCCAAUAACGCAGUAAUGCACUUUUAUAAAAUAGAUCCGGUCUGUAGUUAGAAGUCUUGAGUCCCUGCCGCUGUACCGCUACCGACCAGCACUUCCGCGCGGCCCGCCUCCCUCGCAGCUCCGCCUAAGGUUUAGCGCCUGCGCAGCGCAUCUUCCUCUCUCGACCGCCAGUGUCUGUUUGAACAGGAAAAGGGGACAUGUUUGUAGAGAAUCUGUGAGGCAGGGGUAUCGGCGAGCACAACUGUGCAGCACAGGAAAUAGAAGGGUUUUGCUUGGGCCUUGUACAACGUCAGGAAGGGGAAGGAGUGUAGCGACAAAAAAUCUCGUGGCACUGCAGGCCUGAGGAGCGGAGACUUGAUGAGGCGGCGGGGAGGCCAUUGAGAAGGAGGAGGGGCACAGGACACACUGGGGGUGCUGCUUGCGGGUGACAGGACUCUGUAUUCAGCCCGGAGCUGUCACUGGGCGCUAUUUGAACUGUCACCUGUUUUGCGUUCUUCUCGCAGCAGCAUUCAGGGUGUGUGCGACUAUCCCCGGGGCGGGGAGGGGUUGGCCCAGGCCUGUGUUUAUGUGUCCGGAGGCCCUAGGAGAGGAUGCCGGGGCCCAUCACACCGCACAGCCGGGCCAUGAAGCGGGGGUGAGGGGGCGCACGGAUAUUCCUAAUCUCUGCGAUAGGAGCGAGGAUUGAAGAGAGCCGCCGCCGUCGCGCAUUUAUACAAAGCGACAAAUAGUGCCCCCCUGGCACAGCCCAUUCUCACCAUGUCUACCGGGGAGAACUUCGAGUCCCGCUGCGGGAGGAUUGAUAGCAUCUUACGGGAUCCAAAGUCUGAGGUUAACGCCGACUGUCUGCUGGACGGAUUGGAUGCUAUGGUGUAUGAUUUAGAUUUUCCUGCCAUGAGAAAAAACAAGAACAUUGACAAUUUUUUAAACCGUUACAAAGACACGAUAAGUAAAAUUCGAGAUUUACGUAUGAAAGCUGAUGAUUAUGAAGUGGUAAAAGUGAUUGGCAGAGGAGCAUUUGGUGAGGUUCAGUUGGUAAGACAUAAAUCAUCAAGGAAGGUCUAUGCAAUGAAGCUUUUGAGCAAGCUGGAAAUGAUAAAACGAUCGGACUCUGCGUUUUUUUGGGAAGAACGGGAUAUCAUGGCUUUUGCCAAUAGCCCAUGGGUUGUGCAGUUAUUCUAUGCUUUCCAAGACGGUCGUUAUCUUUAUAUGGUUAUGGAAUACAUGCCAGGGGGAGAUCUUGUAAAUUUAAUGAGUAAUUAUGAUGUCCCUGAGAAAUGGGCCCGGUUUUAUACGGCCGAAGUAGUUUUAGCCUUAGAUGCCAUUCACUCAAUGGGCUUCAUUCACAGAGAUGUGAAGCCUGAUAAUAUGCUGCUGGAUAAGUCUGGACAUUUAAAACUAGCUGAUUUCGGUACAUGUAUGAAGAUGAACAGGGAAGGAAUGGUACGAUGUGACACUGCUGUUGGAACUCCUGAUUACAUUUCCCCAGAAGUGUUGAAAUCCCAGGGAGGUGAUGGUUACUAUGGACGAGAAUGUGAUUGGUGGUCAGUUGGUGUCUUCUUAUAUGAAAUGCUUGUUGGAGAUACACCCUUUUACGCUGACUCACUAGUUGGGACAUACAGCAAAAUAAUGAAUCAUAAGAACUCACUCACAUUUCCGGAGGAUAGCGAUAUCUCCAAAGAAGCAAAAAACCUGAUCUGUGCAUUCCUUACUGACAGGGAAGUCAGGCUUGGACGAAAUGGGGUAGAAGAAAUUAAACGACAUCCUUUUUUCAAGAAUGAUCAGUGGGCAUGGGAAACUCUUCGAGACGCUGUAGCCCCUGUUGUCCCUGAUCUAACUAGUGAUAUUGACACAAGCAAUUUUGACGACUUGGAGGAAGAUAAAGGUGAUGAAGAAACAUUUCCCAUACCUAAAGCUUUUGUUGGCAACCAACUACCCUUUGUAGGAUUUACUUACUACAGUAAUAGACAGUACUUGGAAGACCCUUCAGCAAAGCCCAAUGAUAACAGGAGCAGCUCCAUAGUAGAUAAAAACCUGGUUGAAAACUUACAAAAGAAUAUAUAUCUACUUGAGGAACAGCUACAUAAUGAAAUGCAGUUAAAGGACGAGAUGGAGCAAAAGUGCAGAAUGUCAAAUAUAAAGUUAGACAAAAUAAUGAAGGAACUGGAUGAAGAGGGAAAUCAACGAAAAAACUUGGAAUCGCUGGUGGCUCAGACUGAGAAGGAAAAAAUGAUGCUGCAGCAUAGGAUAAAUGAAUACCAAAGAAAGGCAGAACAAGAGAGUGAAAAAAGGAGGAAUGUGGAAAAUGAAGUGUCUACUUUAAAGGACCAGCUAGAAGACCUGAAGAAAAUAAGCCAUACGUCUCACAUUACAAAUGAAAAGGUUGCACAGCUACAAAAACAAUUGGAGGAAGCAAAUGAUUUGCUAAGGACAGAGUCUGAUUCGGCAGUAAGACUUCGAAAGAGUCAAACAGAGAUGAGCAAGACUGUGAGCCAGUUAGAAGCCCUGAACAGGGAGCUCCAAGAAAGGUGCAGAUUAUUAGAAAGUACAAAAUCACAAGUGGAGAAAGAUUAUUUCCUCUUACAAGCAGCCUUGGAUUCAGAGCACAGGGAAAGAAGUCAAGGAUCAGAAAUGAUUGGUGACCUACAAGCCCGAAUGGCAUCCUUACUAGAGGAGUUAAAAUAUGUAAAAAAUAACCUUGAAAUGGCUGAAUCAGAAAGAAAACGUGCACAGGAUUUACUUAAUAGCUCUGAAAAGGAAAAAAAUAAUCUGGAAAUUGACUUGAAUUACCAGCUAAAAACAUUGCAGCAGACGCUUGAACAAGAGAUUAAUGAGCACAAGAUAACCAAGGCAAGGUUAAGUGACAAACAUCAGUCGUUUGAAGAGGAAAAGUCAGUUGCUAUGUGUGAAAUGGAAUUGAAAGUGAAAGUGGAAAGAGCAGCAAAGGAGAAAGCAGAGAAUCGUCGUGUAGAGAUAGAGAAGCAGUGUUCAAUGCUUGAAUUUGACCUAAAGCAGUCUCAUCAAAAAAUGGAGCACCUUACUCAGCAGAGAGAGAGGCUGGAAGAGGAGGUAAAGCAACUAACAUUGCAGCUGGAGCAAGAGACUAAGAAAAGGAUUGUGACACAGAAUGAACUAAAUCAGCAAGCGGGUCUAGUGGAUACUUUGAAGGGUUCUGAUAAACAGUUAAAGCAAGAAAUAAAUACAUUAUUGGAAGCUAAAAGGAUGUUGGAGUUUGAACUUGGGCAGCUAACAAAGCAGUACAGAGGUAAUGAGGGCCAAAUGCGGGAGCUCCAGGAUCAGCUUGAAGCAGAGCAGUACUUCUCUACACUUUACAAAACUCAGGUCCGGGAGCUGAAAGAAGAAGUUGAAGAGAAGACUAAACAUAGUCAAGAAUUUGAGAAGAGGUUGCAUGAACUUUACAAUGAAAAGGAUGCUCUGACAGCACAGUUGGACCUGGCAGUUACUAAAGCUGAAUCAGAACAGCUUGCCAGGGCCCUCCUGGAAGAGCAGUAUUUUGAAAUCUCCCAAGAGAAUAAAAAACUGUCUGCGAGAAGUUGGCAAGAUAAUGCAGAGAAGUACCAUACGAUUCACAAGUUGGAAGAAACCAAUAGCACCUUAACCAAAGAUGUUCAGACUCUAACAAAAGCAAAUGAAGAGCUCAGUGAAAAAGUUAGGAACCACGAACAAGAAUAUAAGGAGAAAGAAGAAGAAAUUGUCAACUUAAGAAAUUCAUACGAAAAGGCUAUUAACACUGAAAAAACACUGAAAACACAGGCUGUUAACAAGCUUGCUGAAAUUAUGAAUCGGAAGGACUUCAAACUGGAUAGAAAGAAAGCUAACACACAAGAUUUGAGGAAGAAAGAAAAAGAAAACAGAAAGCUUCAACUUGAUCUUAACCAAGAGAAAGAGAAGUAUAACCAGAUGGUAGCAAAGCACCAGAAAGAGCUGGAUGAGAAUCUGACGCAAUUGACCGAAGAGAGCAAUUAUAAAAACGAGCUCCAGAUGCAGUUGGAUAGCAAAGAAAGUGAUAUUGAGCAAUUACGUGCCAGGCUGGCAGAUCUCCAGCUACGGAUGGACUCAACCAGCGUUGCUAGUCUACAGCCAGACGAUACAGAUGGCAUAAUAGGUGAAUCAAGAAUUGAAGGCUGGCUCUCUAUACCAAACAGAGGAAACAUUAAAAGAUAUGGAUGGAAGAAGCAGUAUGUUGUAGUGAGCAGCAAAAAGGUUCUGUUUUACAAUGAUGAACAGAAUAAGGAACAAUCAAACCCAUCCAUGGUGCUUGACAUAGAUAAGCUUUUUCAUGUCCGUGCUGUUACACAAGGAGAUGUAUACAGAGCCAAUACUGAAGAGAUUCCAAGGAUAUUUCAGAUACUUUAUGCCAAUGAGGGAGAAUGUAGGAAAGACGUGGAACUGGAGCCAGUCCAGCAAACUGAGAAGACCAAUUUCCUCAAUCAUAAAGGCCAUGAGUUUAUUCCAACACUUUAUCACUUUCCAGCAAAUUGCGAAGCCUGUGCCAAACCUUUGUGGCAUGUUUUCAAACCCCCUCCAGCACUCGAAUGUCGAAAAUGCCAUGUCAAAUGUCAUAAAGAUCACUUGGAUAAAAAGGAGGAAUUGAUCUCCCCCUGCAAAGUGAGCUAUGAUGUAACGUCUGCAAGAGAUAUGCUUUUGCUGGCAUGCACUCAGGAAGAACAGACAAAAUGGGUGUCUCAUCUGGUGAAGAAAAUUCCCAAAACCCCACCUCCAACAUUAGUUCGGGGAAAUCAGAGAACAUUGUCUACUAGGUCUUCAACAAAUCAGUCCUUCCGAAAGCCUGCAAAAACUUCAUCUGGAAAAGCCAGCUAAUAAUGCUUCCCCGUCAUGAGGUGCCGUGGCUGCGUCUUCGUAUGAGUGGUGCAAAAAGACUGGAAUUCACAGACAUCACAGGCUUCAGGGCUAGAAUGCAGUUCUACUUCCCCUUGCUUUGGCACAAAGAAUGCUGUGAGGGUCUCUUAUUGCGGGUUUGCCUUAAGGUAGAUUUAGAUGAGUUAUUACUAUGUAAUGCAAUUAAAACAAGGCUUAGCUACAUAUCCAUAUAUAUAUUCAUAUAUAUAUAUUUAUUAUAUUAAAAUCACUAUCAAUCAGAAGUUGUGUCGGAUAUCUACAGAAGCCUGUUUGUGAUGACUGAAUGCAGAUUUGCAUAAACACCCAACGGAGAUUAUUCAAGAGUACCUCAAGAUGAGAAGAUCAGAGAUUUCUUCGUAGUUUUUUGGUGUUCCUCAAAGACUUUACCUUUCUUUUGAAAGAAGCUAAGUGACCCCUGAACUAUAUGUAGUGCCUUGGCUGUUCAGCUCAUGUCAGUCUUAUUGCAGAGCAAAAUAGAUUGGGUGAGACGUGAGCCCUUUCAGGAGUGUACUAUUCAAUUGGUCAUCAAGGUUAAAGGUCAAGAUUUUUUUUUUUUUUUUUUAACUAUGCAUUUAAUUUUUUUGCCAAGCCAUAUUGAUUUGAGUUUUAUACAUAGAGGCAUUAGAAACUAACCGUAAAAGACCAUUUUAUGCGUGUUUUGGGUACAUCAUUUUUGUUUAUUUUGUAAUGUAUUGCCUUACAGGUUUUAAAUGAUAAAGAACAUUAAGUUAACAAACGUAAACAAAAAAAAAAAGUAUGCACUGUGUGAAAUUUUAAAUUAUUGUUAGAACACUUUUAUUGGGUAUCGCCCGCCCCUUUUAUUGUGUGCCUUCAUUCGGAUUCGUUCUUUUACUGCCACUCUUUUAGCAGUUGUUUUCUAAAAAUGAUUCUUCCCUCCAGGCAAGUUUUAUUAGUCGAAAAUUAUUGCAUUCCAAUAGAAAAAAGGGAGAUACUAGGCUAAAAAAGUUGUACAGACGGGAAAAUGUGUUAGGUGGUGUGUCUUGAGUAAAUGCACAGCAAAUAAUCCUGAAUGUAUGUGAAAUAUAUUUAAAUGUCAUUUAUGCCACGUACUCGCUUCCCCCCCUCCCACCACCACCACCACCAACAAUUGAAAGACCUAUCAUGUGAUUAUGUACAAUCGCUGAUCAAAACUACCUGCUAUCUUUUUUUGUUUCAUAUAUAAAUAUAUAUAAUGGAAAUCUGCAAGGCUUACAAAUUAUUCCGGAACAAAGAAAUAGGUACUGUGGCAAUUCAAACCCCUUACGUGUUUUUUUUUUUUUUUAAUGCUAAAAUAAACAUGUAAGGGGCUUGUCCCUGGUUUGAAAUUGCCACGAGUGCCUGUACCUAUUUCUUUGUUCCUGUCUGUUUGGGGGAAGUGCCGACUUCCUAGGGUCUGUGCACCUGGUUUAAUUAUCUCUGAAGGGCUCGGGUGUGCACGUGCUUCACUUGCUACAGUUACAAAUUAUUCCAACAGACGUUUGGCAUUUUUAUGAACACUUCAUAAUAUAGUGAAUCAUAAAAUAUUUUGCUAAUAAGCAGAGACCACUGAUUAUGUAUAUCUCUGUGUGUAUAUGCUGUGUGUGUAUAUACUCCUAUGAAAUAUAAGGAUAUUAGAAGUGGCGUGAAUUCAGUGAUCGUAUAAAGCACAAGACCACAGGUUAUGGGACUCUGCCUUCUAUCAUCCUUCUAUGUUUAUUUUUUUUGCAGAUUUAGUAUUAUUCCUUUUAAUACACAAGUAUUAAAUAUGCAUUAUUAAAUGAUGAAUGGGUGUUUUAAUUCCA